AUGGAUACAGCAGAGAAUUUACAUUUUCAAGACAAUGGCUUAUUUAUAGAAGCCGUUCGUUCUCGGCCUAGUUUAUGGGACAUCCGCCAAAAUUCCUACAGGAAUCAAACGUUGCGAAGCAAGGCUUGGCAAGAAUUUCUCGGAGAACUUGGUCUUCUGGUUUCUCAAGAGAAUAUAAAAGCCAUAGGAAAGCGAUGGAGUUCCUUACGGUAUUGUUACAGUAAGUGGAAAGAAUUCGGUACUAGGAGUGGGUCAAGUGGAGAGAAAAAAUAUUUUCCGCACUCGGCACAAAUGGCAUUUCUGAAUGACUCGUUACAAACUCGGAGAUCCACGAGCCUUUGGCAAACUGCAAUUACUGAGGGGAUGGAAGAUGACCAUGAGGAGGAACGGCCAAGCACUUCAAACAAAAGUAUGAGCCACGAAAAAGAAAUUAUCGCUUUAAAAAAGGAAGAGCUUAAUAUCAAAAGGAGAUACGUGGAACAGCAGGAAACUAAAAAGAGCCAAGCAAAAAGUUUGGUGAAAGUGUUGGAUUAGACCUUGAAAACUUGCCAGGCCCCCUAUUUAGAAAAAUAAAAAUGCGCAUCAUGUCCGUUAUUGACGAAGAACUAAGCGAAUAUGAAAACAUAAAUUAAUAAUAUUUUAUACUAUGGACAGAAUUUACAAUAAUUUUUCAAAUUCUAAAAGCUUUUCAUCAAAAUUUCAAACACUUUAAUCAGACUUAUAAAAAACAAGGUAUGCAGUUUUGUAGCCCAUUAAAUUUUAGUGCAAUAAGAUACAAGUUUCAGGUAGUUUUUUUUUUGCAUGGAAGAAAAUGCACACAACACGCUCGCAAAAGCAAAUUCUCUAAAAUCAACAGAAUAUUUUAACUAUCUGAAACUUUUACAUGGCCUGAUUUUUUUUAACCUCUGUUUAAAGAGUUUGAAUUGUGAUGAAAAGUUUUUAGAAUCUGAAAAAUUAUUGUGAAUUCUGUGCGAAGUUUGGAAGUUUAAUUUAUAUGGUGUUAGUUAUAGAAUAAACUAUAGUCUUAUUAAAAAUACCAAAAAACAAUGUACCGUGGAAAACGUUUUGAAUUUUUUUAAAUGAAUUCGGGUAUGGAAAUUUAUGAUAACGAUUGUAUUUAUGUGUAACUAAAACUUUGCGGAUUUUGAACUACAGUAGUUACAGAAAUAUGUAAAUAUGUAUCUUCUUUCACUGUCUUAACAAUAAAAAAACUGUAAUAAAAAG